CCAAAAAAUAGUGAAUACACUUUGCUAAACAAAAGAAGUCUUCAUUGGGAACUGAUUGUGUUCUUGCCAACUUGGUGUCGCUAUGGAGCAGAUUAUCGGAGAUCUAAACGAGUCUUCAUUGGAGACUGUCUGUCUUCUUGGCAAAUGUACCGACGGCUUUGUGUCUCUCAAGAAGGAUUCGAACUUGGAGAAAUCAUACGUCAAAAAGACAAGUAUUCUCAAACAGUCCAAGACUCUCGAGAAGGAACUCAGGAUCAUGCUUCGUUUCCACAACAAUCCCUUCAUCGUCCAAGCUUCAAGCGAUCACCUUCACUAUGUGACCGGCACCAAAGGCAUGAGUUUUUGUUACAUCUACAUGGAGUAUGCUUCCUUAGGUAAUCUCGACAAGAUGAUCUCUGAUGCCGGAGGGAGAUUGCCUGAAGAUAGUGUCAGACGUGCCACUCGUAUGAUCCUACAAGGAUUGAAGGCUCUUCAUUCUCAAGGUUACGUCCACUGCGACCUCAAUCCGACCAGUGUACUCGUCUUCCCUUCCAACACUCUUGGUGAGCCAUGGGAUGUCAAGCUUGCUGGUUUCCGUUUAUCCAAAGAGCCGACUAUGGACUCUAGCCUGUUUUUUCCUGGAACCCUCGAGGAGUACAUGCCGCCUGAAGCCAUUGAGCAGGACAGGUUAGUUGGACCGGACAAAUUGACCGGACCAGCCCGUGAUAUAUGGUCUCUAGGGCGAUUGGUUCUUAAGAUGUUUGGGGGUGUUCCAGUGGAUGUGAGAGGUUCUUCUAACACAUGGAGGCUGUACGAAGAUAUCUCUCCGGAGGCUACAGACUUUGUGAGGCGGUGCUUGGCGAGGCAGCCUUCCGAUAGGGCCACCGUGGAUGAGCUCUUAGACUAUCCUUUUGCUGCUGAAAAACUUCCAUUGUAUCUUUCUUUCUUAAGGUUUCCUUCUAUCAUAAGGAAGAUUGCCAGGGAGAAAUUGCAUGGAGAAAGUGAGGAACUGAUACCAAAACCUCAAGGGUUAAUCUGGUGAGAAGGAAAAUGAAACUGAUCUCCAAUCUCAGUUUCCACCCUCACCCAUAGGCCAUAACUCAAAACAAUUCCAACAAACUUUGGAAUCUUUUCACAAAUAUUGUAAAAGUAAGCUCAUAACUUAAGCAUAUUGCAAAACUAUAGAAUUUUUUAUAUAAUAAUAACAAAGUCAAGAAAAUUACUAAAAAGCACUUGGAGAUUCACAUGGCAAUAUAAUCCAUAUAAUCUGAAGCCAACAUAAAAGAAAAACAAA